UUGCAAAGAUGGCGAAGUGCAGCGACGGGUUUGUUAUGUUUGUGUUGAGUGCUUCGAGACGUCCCAGCCCCGUAUCCUUUGCACUUUCUGCCGUGCCCUUAGCUGCUUACGGGAACGGAAUUGUGGAUCUAGUUUUCAAGGGACUGUUUGCGGACGGCAACGGGAAAAAAAUGACGUUAAAUUGGCCGUAUCGUAUGGAGGGAGUGACCCCUCCAAACCCCCCAAUUAUGGGGCCCCACUGCGAUGUGGCAUAGCAUUAGGCAUCUUGUUCCUUCGGCGAACUGUUGGUCCUUGUUUUGUCGCCGAAGCAUCAGGUGUCGUCGUUGCUAGCUGUCCUGCUAGCCUGUGAUCGAAACGUGAAGUUUGUUAAACUUUUCUUAAGUAUAGUUUGUGGGCUAAUCUCGGAGGGGUUUCUCAUGAGCGCAUGAUUUGAGAGCUGAACUCGGGUGAUUUUUUUUCCUUUUUUUUUCCCCUCUUCCUAAGUUUGUAACCCGUAUGCGGCAUUUUGGCAGUGAUUUUGUUUGUAUAACUUAUUUUUGUCUUCACCAAAACGAUGUUCUGAUUGAACAUGAAAACAGUUAGAGGACAGAAAGAAAAAAAGGGAACAUACAGCAUCAUGUAUAAUAUGCACCAGCUCGCCUACGAUUGAAGCAGUUUAUUUUUAUAUGUUGAUGUUCACGCUGUGUUGUUGAGACUGCAAGCAUUGAAUAUACUUUCUUUGAUUUUUAUUAAAAAGUAUCUCAUCGUGCGAGCUGGAUCAAAAUUACACCUUUAUUUUCUUCAGAAAGAAAAAAAAAAUUGUAGCUAUAAAAUUAUAUUAUCUAUUCAUUCGCGCAACCAAUCGUACAAAAAAGUAUUUUAUGUUCCCAUGUCACAUAAGGGGGCUUUUACCCACCUUGCCAUUAACAGUUUCGUAAGAUUAAAACCAUGCCGAAACUUGAGUUCCCAGCAGCAACUCUGGCCAUGAGCCUUUGCGUUGUGAGUUUGAUUGACCGAGACUGUUUUGGGUGUGCAGAGCCCUUACGGGACGGUUGUGUUUAUGCAUGCAUUUCGCAGGGUGUCAAUCCUUGGAGUACUGACCUUUUUUUCCCCCGUUUCUGUCGUUUUGCUUCCUCCCCACUAGGUGUUGUGGAAGGGAACACACAACUUUGCAUGUCGGUCGGGAGAGAGGGCCACGCUUCUUCCAGUCCCUUUAACGCCACUGCCCUACAAGAGGACACAAAUAAGAAACACCGUGGAGAGCCGCUCCGCUUCUCUCGCCCGUCUGGAAACGGCCACUUCGUGGUGGCCACGAGUCGCUUCGGGCACGGUCGUGCAGCAGACGACUGCUUCGCACCCAAGAAGUUCCAGUGCAAGCUUUGCCACUACUCCACCAACAUCAUGACGAACCUGAAGCACCACAUCCGCGUUCACUCGGGCGAGCGUCCCUUCAAAUGCAACGACUGCGGCAAGGGGUUCAUCCAGAAGAUCCAGAUGAUCAAGCACAGUUGCCUGGCACGGCCGCAGCCGCCGGAGAAGCCGAUACCGCCGAAGCCGUCGGAGAUGCCCAGCCUGGCUCCCAAGCCGGCUCAGAAGCUGGCUCCCGGACUGGCUUCUGGGCCGGCUCCCAGGCCGGCGCCGGAGAGCUACGAGCCAACCAAGAGGCCCUACAGUUGCUCACAAUGUGGAGAGACUUUCACGCGAGAGAUGCAGUUUCUGCAGCAUGUGGUGCAGGUCCACACAAUGCGAUGCAUGUUUAUGUCAUUCCAGUUAGCCCUUAAUGGUUUUAAAUUUUGUUUUAAAAACGCUGAUGCUGAACAUUUGGCCCUUCUAGUUUACAGCCAUAACUUUGUUUUCACCGUGCACCCAGGUCCGCUGCUGUCGAAGUCCGGCCGCCAGGUGGUGCUGUCACUGCGGCAGCAGCAGUUGUCGAUGUACCAGGGCCACUUCAAGUCGACGCACGGGCACCGCUUCCAGUGCACGUACUGCUCCUACUCGACCAACUAUCAGACAAACCUGAACAACCAUGUGCGCGUCCACACCGGCGAGCGGCCCUUCGUCUGCAAGUACUGUAACCGCACGUUCAGCCGUAACGAGCACCUCAAGAAGCACCGGUGCCGGGUCACCCAGGGCGCCUUCUCGAACUAG